UUUCAGAAACUUCUCGAGCCUCUUUCUCAUCUUCUGGUCCUCUCCAAUGGCGUCGUCCAGCUCCGGUAGCUCAAUCGCCGCUCCAGAGGCCGUUCAAGUUCUCGUUUCUCUCCUCGCCGACGAAUCCCCCAAUGUCCGACAAGCCUCCAUCGCCUCCCUCAAAGACAUUGCCGCUCUGAAUCCGGUUCUAGUUCUCGAUUGCUGCUCGGCCGUUUCGCGAGGAGGCCGGAGGCGAUUUGGUAAUAUGGCCGGGGUUUUCCAAGUAAUGUCGUAUGGAGUCGGAGCUUUGGACAUGAAAGAUGUGGAUCCUCCUUUCAUGACUAAGCUUGCGAAGAUCGCCACCGCGGAGAUUAUCUCCUCCAAGGAGCUCAAUACUGAUUGGCAAAGAGCUGCUUCGGGCCUUCUUGUUGCGAUCGGCUUGCAUUUGCCCGAUCUAAUGAUGGAUGAAAUAUUUCUCCAUUUGCCCGGGCCAAAUUCAGCUUUACCGGCUAUGGUUCAGAUACUAGCAGACUUCGCUCAUGCUGAUGCAUUGCAGUUCACACCACGAUUGAAACAUGUGCUUUCGCGGGUUCUACCUAUUUUAGGAAAUGUGCGUGAUGCCCACCGGCCAAUUUUCGCUAAUGCUUUUAAGUGUUGGUGUCAGGCUGUUUGGCAAUAUAGUCUAGAUAACCCUUCUUACCCAUCUCUUGAUAGUGACAUAAUGUCAUUUCUAAAUUCUGUAUUUGAGCUUUUAUUGAGAGUUUGGGCAGCUUCAAGGGAUCUAAAGGUUCGGAUUUCUUCUGUAGAAGCAUUGGGUCAGAUGGUUGAACUGAUUCCCCGGACCCAACUAAAGGCUGCUCUACCCAGGCUUGUCCCCACGAUAUUGGACUUGUACAAAAGAGAUCAAGAUAUUUCGUUUUUGGCAACCUGUAGUCUUCACAAUCUCUUAAAUGCCUCUGUACUAUCAGAUAGUGGUCCUCCUUUACUUGAAUUUGAGGAGCUCAGCAUCAUUCUAUCAACACUCCUUCCUGUGGUCUGUAUCCAUAAUGACAACAAAGAAAACUCAGAUUUCUCAGUUGGAUUGAAGACGUAUAAUGAAGUUCAGCGUUGCUUCUUGACAGUUGGUUUGGUAUAUCCUGAAGAUCUAUUUAUUUUCCUUCUAAAUAAAUGCAAAUUGAAGGAAGAACUAUUGGUGUUUGGUUCACUGUGUGUUCUAAAGCAUCUAUUGCCCAGGUUGUCUGAAGCUUGGCACAAUAAACGUCCCUUACUCGUCGAAGCCGUCAAAUUCUUGCUAGAUGAGCAAAAUUUAGGUGUACGAAAGGCGCUCUCUGAGUUGAUUGUCGUUAUGGCAUCACAUUGUUACUUAGUUGGUCCAUCUGGAGAGCUGUUUGUUGAAUAUCUUGUGCGUCAUUGUGCUAUAACAGAUAAGGAUAGACGCGACUUUGAGAGGUCUAAGGAUGUUUUAGGAAAUACCUAUGUUCCCUUCCGAUACAAGAGAUCAGAGGUGAUAAUUGGGACACUUUGUCCAAUGGAGUUGAGGGCAAUAAGUGAAAAAAGCCUUCUGUUGUUGACUAUUACGAUCCCUGAAAUGGAGCAUAUACUAUGGCCUUUUCUGUUGAAGAUGAUUACCCCACAAGCUUAUACGGGUGCAGUUGCUAUGGUUUGCAGAUGCAUCUCUGAGUUGUGCAGGCAUAGAUCAUCUAAUGGUGAUACUAUGGUGAAAGAGUGCAAAGCUCGUGCUGAUAUACCAAAUCCAGAGGAGCUUUUUGUUCGGUUGGUGGUGCUUUUGCAUGAUCCUUUAGCAAGGGAGCAGCUGGCUAGUCAGAUUUUAACAGUACUUUGUUAUCUGGCUCCACUUUUUCCAAAAAAUGUCAGCUUGUUUUGGCAAGAUGAGAUUCCAAAAUUGAAGGCAUAUGUUAGUGACCCAGAAGAUCUUAAGCAAGAUCCUUCUUAUCAAGAAACUUGGGAUGACAUGAUUAUCAACUUUUUUGCUGAAUCUUUGGAUGUGAUUCAUGAUGAUUCCUGGGUGAUAUCUCUUGGAAAUGCUGUUACCAAACAGUAUGGACUUUAUACAUCUGAUGAUGAACACUCUGCACUUCUUCAUCGCUGCUUUGGUGUGUUGCUUCAAAAAGUUAAUGACAGGGCAUAUGUCCGGGAUAAGAUAGAUUGGAUGUAUAAACAUGCAGACAUUACAAUUCCAACAAAUAGGCUUGGUCUGGCAAAAGCAAUGGGGUUGGUUGCAGCAUCACACUUGGACACAGUCCUGGAAAAGCUGAAAGGGAUUCUGGAUAAUGUUGGGCAAAGUAUCUUUCGAAGAUUCCUAUCCAUUUUCUCAGACGAUUAUAAAACUGAAGACUCUGAUGAUAUACAUGCUGCCUUGGCUUUAAUGUAUGGAUAUGCUGCGAAAUAUGCUCCAUCAACAGUCAUUGAAGCCAGAAUAGAUGCACUUGUUGGGACUAAUAUGCUCUCACGGCUUCUUCACGUACGCGAUCCUACUGCAAAGCAGGCUGUUAUUACUGCUAUCGAUCUUCUAGGGCGCGCUGUCAUUAAUGCUUCAGAAAAUGGUUCCUCCUUUCCAUUAAAGAAAAGGGACCAAUUGCUAGACUAUACACUAACUUUGAUGGGUCGAGAUGACGAUGAAGACCUUUCAGAUUCUACUCUUGAACUUCUGGACACACAAGCCCGUGCUUUAAGUGCAUGUACCACGCUGGUCUCGGUGGAACCAAAACUAACUAUUGAAACCAGAAACCAUGUGUUAAAGGCCACCUUAGGGUUUUUCACUUUACCAAAUGAACCAGCAGAUGUUGUAGAUCCCCUCAUUGACAACCUUAUCACUCUAUUAUGUGCAAUUCUUCUUACAAGUGGAGAGGAUGGAAGAAGUCGAGCAGAGCAGUUACUGCACAUCUUGAGACAAAUUGAUCAAUAUGUUUCUUCAGCUAUCGAUUAUCAAAGAAGAAGAGGUUGUCUUGCAGUCCAUGAGAUGCUUCUCAAGUUUCGGACAGUUUGCAUCACUGGGCAUUGUGCCCUUGGUUGUCAAGGAAGUUGUACUCACAUUAAGCCAAUUGACCAUAAUUUGCACGGGAACUAUUCCAACUUGCCAUCGGCAUUCAUAUUGCCAAGUCGUGAGGCCUUGUCAUUAGGAGACAGGGUUUUUACAUAUCUCCCACGCUGUGCAGACACCAAUGCUGAAGUUAGAAAAGUCUCUGCUCAGAUUCUUGAUCAACUUUUCAGCAUCUCACUUUCACUGCAACGUCCUGCAACUUCCUCUUAUGGUGUUGACAUAGAAUUGUCCUACAGUGCUUUAUCAUCCCUCGAGGAUGUCAUAGCUAUUCUACGGAGUGAUGCUUCUAUAGAUCCAUCUGAGGUUUUCAACAGAAUCAUCUCUUCUGUUUGUUUAUUACUCACAAAGAAUGAGCUUGUAGCUUCCCUGCAUGGUUGCACACCUGCUAUAUGUGAUAAGGUCAAGCAAUCAGCUGAAGGGGCUAUCCAAGCUGUUAUUGAGUUUGUCACAACAAGGGGGAAUGAGCUGGGUGAAACUGAUGUUUCCAGAACAACUCAAGCUCUGCUGAUGGCUACUGCGCAUGUAACAGAAAAGCACUUACGUCAGGAAACUCUUGCAGCUAUUUCUUCUCUUGCCGAGAGCACUAGUUCGAAACUUGUCUUCAAUGAAGUUUUGGCCACAGCUGGAAGGGAUAUAGUAACGAAAGAUAUAUCCAGGUUGCGCGGUGGGUGGCCAAUGCAAGAUGCUUUUCAUGCAUUUUCCCAGCAUACAGUUCUUUCCUCUUCAUUCCUGGAACAUGUGAUAUGCGUCCUCGACCAGUAUCCCAUUCUUAAAGCUGAUUCUGAGAAAGGAGACUAUUCUAGCCCUUCAGUUGAUGGUCAAAUGGAGGAUGAAGUUCUGCAUGCUGCCAUUAUUGCUCUCACAACAUUUUUCAGAGGUGGUGGCAGGAUAGGAAAAAAAGCUGUUGAACAAAACUAUGCUUCUGUUCUUGCUGAACUCACUCUUCAGUUGGGAAGUUGUCAUGGUCUGGCCAAUUGCGGUCAGCAUGAACCAUUACGGGCUCUUCUAACUGCAUUCCAAGUAUUCUGUGAAUGUGUUGGAGAUCUUGAGAUGGGAAAGAUUUUGGCUAGAGAUGGAGAGCAGAAUGAAAAUGAGAGGUGGAUCAAUCUUAUUGGAGACAUAGCAGGCUGCAUUUCUAUAAAGAGACCGAAAGAGGUUGAAAGGAUAUGUGUAAAUUUUAGUAAGUCAUUAAACCGACACCAGACAUACCAAAGGGAAGCUGCAGCUGCUGCAUUGUCAGAGUUUAUCAGCUACAGUGAUAGUUUUGGCUCCCUAUUGGAGCAGAUGGUGGAAGUGUUGUGUCGGCAUGUAUCAGAUGAAUCUCCAACUGUCAGGCGCUUAUGUUUGAGAGGUUUAGUAAAGAUACCGUCUAAUCAAAUGCUUCAGUAUACAAGUCAAGUUCUGGGUGUAAUAUUAGCUUUAUUAGAUGAUUCUGAUGAAUCUGUGCAAUUAACUGCAGUUACUUGCUUACUCACGAUGCUUCAGGCAUCACCCAAUGAUGCGGUGGAUCCCAUUUUGCUUAAUCUUUCUGUGCGGCUUCGUAAUCUUCAGAUAAGUAUGAAUCCCAAGAUGCGAGCCAAUGCAUUUUCAGCUUUAGGAUCACUUUGCAACUAUGGAACUGGGGCACAACAUGACUCAUUUGUUGAGCAGGUUCAUGCAAUUAUCCCCCGCUUGGUUCUGCAUUUGCAUGAUAAUGAUGUUAAUGUCCGACAGGCUUGCCGGAGUACUCUAAAACAAAUUGCCCCCUUACUGGAAAUGGAAGGAUUGUUUCCCUUGUUCAACACGUAUUGUUUCAAUCAUGAUCAUCGAACUGACUACGAGGACUUUGUUAGAGAACUCACGAAGCAGAUUGCUCAACAUCUUCCCUCAAGAGUUGAUUCUUAUAUGGCGUCGACAAUUCAGGCUUUAGAUGCACCUUGGCCAAUAAUUCAAGCAAAUGCUAUUUACUUCUCCAGCUGUAUGCUAUCUCUGUCGGAUGAUCAGCACAUUUUAACUCUCUAUUAUCCACAGGUAUUCGGAACAUUAGUAGGAAAAUUGAGCAAGUCAGCAGAUGCAAGUGUGAGAGCAACAUGCUCUUUGGCCCUUGGUUUGCUGUUAAAAUCCUCAAGGUCGAUGUCAUGGAAAGCACCUGGAGUUGAUCGUGUGGAGUAACCAGAUGGCCAGUUUGUCCUCAGUAUAUGUGAAAACAAAUCCCCCAUUGUAACGACUGAGAUCCACGUUUGCCUCAUAAGCAUUGCACUUCGGAGGGAAGUGCAUCAAUAUGAAGCACUUCAAGUAAGUAAAUUUUGAGGUGUAUAUUAGGGGUUAAAAGUGCCUGUAAUGGCAGUCGGUGACUCGGUGUGUGUAUAUUUGUCAAUUGUUGUAAAUUAUGACUUUAUCAUCCCAGUGCGUGUCCUCACUGCCUUGGGCCAUUUGUGUAUUAUGUUUGUUGUAUAUGUAACAACCCCUGUUGUAAUGAUCUGUAUCAUAACCUGUUGUCUAACUCUAUUUUGCCCGGAAAAAAAACAAGCGACUUGCACUAAGUUUGCAAAUGAAUAACAUCUGUUCCUAAGCCCGAAGA